GUCCAAGUGUUACAUAAUGAAUGUCUGGAUGUUGAGUUGACAUGAUCUUGUCAAGGAAUGAGCUAGUACCUGAGUCUAGCUUGUGAGGUUAAGCGAAUCUGAAGGGGCAGGUUAUUUAAUAGUCAUAAACUAGAUGACUGCGAUUGUUUAGGGCUGGGAUGUUUAAACCUUGUCUCCACUGCGAUAGCAGUAGAGACGGUUAGAGGCGUUGCAUGAUGAUUGUUCGACGUUUAUCAUAGAUGCAUUGGCUGCAAAUAUAUCUUCCGCAGAAAAUUGGGUAGUUGUUGCAGCGCUACAUCGUAUGGUGUCUGCAACAUUCACUCCGCUUGUAUUGAAAGCAUCGUUGCUUGAUAUAAGCCUGCUUCGGAGGAAGAGUCCUGCUCAUCUCUUUUGGAUUCUGUCUAUUUCUAUCGUACAAAUGUCUCUUCUGAACAGAUCAUAUAUACGUCUGUUGUGCAGUGGAUGCCCUAGAUUUAAUUUGAGUGUAUUUCAGCCUUAUGUGCAAAUUCGCAUGUCUCGUUCACAUUGAAGAUUUCGAGGAAGACUUCCUGUUAUUAACGUUACACUAGGUUAUUUAUGCGAGGACAAGUUGUUCUAUCGUGCAGAACAUCCUCGAGGUGCAGCUUCCUAUCCAGCCUUGCCACACACGAUUCACUUUCCAUAGCGCAUGUUGUUGAUACGGGGUAAUGACUCGCCCCAUAGUCAGACGGCUAUCAACACCAUGUGAUCAUGCCACACGACAGAGACAUGGUCGCAAGCGAAAAGUGCAACCUUUAGAAGCUUGGAAAAUGGACUGUGAGGAAGAGAAAUCUGAUGACAUGUAUCUUCGAGGCUUGAAUUUCCACACCAUCGAGCAGAUUGCGGACGGAGUCGAACGAAUGAUGUUCUCCUGGAAAUUGGAUACUUUCGCAAGAGGGCAGGAGCAUGCAAGGAUUUUCAAUGCCUCGACUGCCGCGAUAUCGGACACCCUUUGUCAGCAUACAUGCAGAAAGGGAGAGAACGAGGAGUAUGGAUCGAAUGUGAAGCAGGACCCCGGAAGAAUUUGUACCGUUUGUCAUACGUUCGCAACUCAGCAAGUGACCUCCAAGUUGAUGGGCUUCUCCUGCCCCAGGUACCCAGCAGCACAUGAAGCACACCAACGCUACGAAAAAUUUCGCUCAAGGAGUCCAUCGCUCGUGCAAGGAUUUGCUGGGGAACCCAAAUUCGACUGCGGACAGAACUCGUAUUCCUUGCAAGUGCUUCCUCAAAGAAAUGACUGGAUAACAAGCAGCUCCACAGCAAACGUAUCAAUGACAGCUAGUCGGGUAUUUGAGUUUCCAGGAUAUCCUCGUGUGACAAUCCGUCAAGACAGAGUGAGACGAGGUUGUACUGUUUUGGAAAUAAGGGAAGACUGUGCAAAUUCCACACAAAUCUCAACUUGCGAAAAGAGUGUGGGGACGGAAGCCGAGAGUUUAGAGCGUCGGCAGGACCACAUGAUUGCCAAGACACAGCUCUCUUCUCAGCUUUCAUUUAAGGGAAUGGCUUCAUCACCAGAUAACGAGACCGUCCCUCUCACUCCGCUACCUGAAAGUAACUGUUAUUCUGUCAAUGAGGAAUCCUACGCUUGUCAGUUCCCUAGUCCCGGUGCCGAGUGCCAACCACACAAUUUACGUCUGAAAGAAGAAGUUCACGCUUGUCAUGCUUCAACCCCAACAUAUCCGGCCUGCUUGAGUUUCUCCGUUGGGGGACCCUCGCCACACAACGUAACCGGCAAAGACGAAGCUGCUUGCGCUUGUCAUCCUCCAACCCAAUCACGGCGCUGCUCCGGUUAUUCUGUUACGGAGCAACAACUAAAUGACUCGCCUCGCAAAGGCGACGAUCGAUACGCUCAUAAUAGUUCAAGCCUAGCACAACGCUGCUCUAAUGUCCCAAGCCCUAAUGUCCCCUGCUCGGUUGAGCACUCAGAAACUGAAGGGUUGAACGAGCCCGCAUGCGAUGCGGUAGCGGGAGUUAUCGCAUGCACCGACUCUGGGAAUCGUAACUGCAAAAAUGUAGUGGUUAAAUGUUGUGGCAGAAUCCCUCACUUCUGUUCCACUUACUUCUGCGCUCGUCAAAACUCUCGUCACAGAGCGGGAACAAUUCAGAAGCUUGAAGUAGGUGGACGUCCAGUGACACUGCCAGUGUUGCAAAAUGGCACCAUGGCUCUCAAGAACAAGUUUGAUUCACUCAUCUACACGACCGUGAAUUCUCCCGCCAUCUUCCAGGGGAAGGAGAUUACGAGACUGGGGAGCCAUCAGAUUUCAAGUGUGGAAGAGCUCCAGCUAGCUCUCGUUGAAUGUGCAACGGAGUUUGAAAUCAAGACUUUAGAUGCGCAGAUGAAAAUGCACGAGCUGAGAGCUCAGAAACGUCCUGGAAGCGGUGAGCCUGACCAACUUACAGAUUUGCAGGAAAACCGAAGCCAAGAUGAGAUGUCGACGUGCAGUGGGGCUACUAAGAGACAACCAUUACCCCAUCAGCAGGUUAGGAAGCAUGUGAAGAGACAACAAGAUGUGAAAGAAAACCUACAAAAACCAGAUAAUCCGUCAUGGAAGAAGAAAGAGAGAUCGAGUCCGGAACUAAAACUAUUGUCGGAGAGUGGUAACCGAGCUUUUGCGAGGCUGUUUGACAGGCAAAGGAAGAGCUUAGAUGAUGCGUUGAGUCAUGUCGACCGCCUCCAGAAGGAGGCAACGAAGAAGGACCGGGAAUUGGUAGAGUGGCAGCUGAAGGAGAAAGAGACGAAAGCAGAGCUGAUGAGAUUGGAAGAUAAGUUGAAGAGAUCUCGAAUAUCAUCAAAAUUGGAGCCCAGGAAACUUCUCCUUGAGAUCCCCGCCCUUCGAGAGACAUUGCGUUCCUUGAAAGCGGCAAGUUCCCACAGGACAGCGGGGUUCUGUGCUUGGUUUUCACCAUGUUUCCUCCACCUACAUUCAAUCUGCACUUAUUGAAUCCAUGAAACCCACCAGUAAACAAUCCACUGCAGAUAUCCGUGAAGUAUCUUCCUUUCUAAAGCUUGAGAAAAGACAGCGAUUAGGUUCCAUGUUGCAGUCUAACAUGCUCAAGUUCAUGAACGGACGGCCUCAAGACAGUUUUG